AUGGAUUCACUUCUUCCCUCACUCUGAUGGAAUACAUCUGCUGAACUGUGGAACAAAUCCUGGAGUAAAGAGUUUGCUCCUCAGACCCUCAGUUUUGCGGACACAGUCAUCCUCCCUUCCAUGCCUGGGAUCAUCUGUCCAACUGGACUGGUUGGCAACAUCCUCCUCAUAGUCACCAUCAUUCAGUACUUGGCUCACGUCCAGCCAUUUCGACUGAUGAGCUGAAGAACGAGGCGCAAGACAGUCCCAGACAAUUUGGGUCUUUGGGCAGUCUUUAUUCUCACGCUGCCUGUCUGGGUCUACUCAAAAGUCAUCAGACUUAAAGAUGGCGUUGAGAGCUGUGCUUUUGAUUUAACAUCCCCUGGUGAUGUCCUCUGGUACACACUUUACUUAACCGUAGCUUUUAAAACGUUUUUCCCUUUGCCCUUGAUUCUGGUGCGCUCUAUUCUAAUUUUAUGCUGCACUUGGGAGCUGUGUCAGCAGAAUAAGGAUGCCAGGUGCUAUAACCCCAGCAUUCCAAAGCAAAGAGCGCUGAAGCUGACAAGGACGGUACUGGUGCUGGUGGCAGUCUCCAGUUUAAGUGGCCCUGACCACCUGAUCCAGCUGGUGACCCUGCAGGUGGGGCCGCCUCUCUCCAUCUGUCUCAGUUAUGCCGGCAGCAGCAUUAACCCUUCUCUCUACAUACUGCUUAGUGGAAGUUUCCGGAAACGCCUGCCACAGGUUCAAAGGAGAGUGACUGAAAGGGAGGUCAACAAAAUGGAAAAGACUUUGAAAUCACGUUUCUGGGCUAUGGCAUGGAUCAACAGGAGUCUAGAGAGACGUGUCUGUAUUCCUGGGGUCAUGAGGAAGGAUUGGUGA